AGUGACUUCAAAAUUGCCUGAUUUUACCUCAUUUUCAAAUUGUGUUUUCUAAGUGAAAAAAUGUCUACAGAAGUUAAAUACAGUAAAGAACUGUCUAAUAAUAUGUCAUCUACUACUAGAGGUUGUCCGGCAGAAUCGGAGCAAGCUGGUCGAGCCAGCAUGUGUGAGGGCUGUCCAGGUCAAGCACUAUGCAAAUCCCAAGGGGCUGAAGACCCAGACCAAGGUAUGAUUGAUCUCAGGAUGAAUGCCAUAAAGCACAAAAUCUUGGUGCUUUCGGGAAAAGGGGGAGUUGGAAAGUCCAGCAUAGCCACAUCAUUAGCUAUAGCUCUUGGACUAGACACACAGAAGACAGCACUACUGGAUCUCGAUAUAUGUGGGCCAAGCGUACCAAAUUUGAUGGGGGUGGCUGGGCAGCAAGUGGUCAGCACGGAGUAUGGUUGGAAAGCAUUAGUGUCCCCGCAUGGAAAUGUGAAAGUGAUGUCUGUAGGAUCACUAUUAGAAUCCAGCGAUAGUUCCAUUACAUUCAGAGGUCCAAGAAAGACGCGACUCAUCAUGCAACUUAUAAAGGAUACCUUUUGGGGACGAUUAGACUACUUGAUAGUUGAUACGCCCCCAGGCACCAGUGACGAACACCUGACAGUGGUGAAAGCCCUUAAGAAUACCAAACCUGAUGGUGCUGUGAUAGUAACCACUCCACAGAAAGUGGCCUUAGGAACGAUUCGGAAAGAGAUUAACUUCUGCAGGAAGAUGGGAUUGAAAAUUCUUGGGAUUGUCGAAAAUAUGAGUGGAUAUGCUUGUCCAUGUUGUGGAGAGAUCACCGAUAUAUUCAACUCUGCUGGGAGUGUGGAAAAACUCUGCGAAGAAUUCAAGUUGAAGUAUUUGGGGAAGAUUCCUUUGGACAAGCAUUUUGUGAUGUGCUGUGAAAAAGGUCAGACGAUACUCAAGGACCAUCCGGAAACACAAACAGCUGAAGCCCUCACGAAAUUGACAAAGACUAUCAAAGAGACAGUGUCGUCGUGAUCAGCAUAGACCUUGUGAACUUUCUCCAAAGAUGUCACUCUAGUCUUUCGCAUCAUCUCACCUUGCAGAAAAUUUUAAUUUGCAAGAAAUAAAACUGAUUUGUCCACUUAAAGGCCUUUUCUGUUUGUGUUAAAAGUAUUUUCAUGUGGCUCAGGUAAAUAGAAAUUGCCAUAUUUCAAUUGCUAUGCAUGCAAAUUCAUUGAAACUUGGCAUUCGGAGUAUUUGCAUAUUUACACAAUGGCGUUAUUGAAGUUUACAUUCAGAACAUGUUUACACAGUUUUUUGCAAAUUUUCAAGUUCAAUUUUUAAAUUUUUAAUGGACAGAGUAGACCUUUAAAGUGCAAUAGGUUUCUCCUUAUCAAACAUGUCAAAGUAAAAAAGAAGACGGUUGUAACCAUAAACAUUGGAACAUAUAUUUGAAGUAU